CAUCGAAUCACAAAAGCAUUCACAAUGAGAGCUCGGAUAGUACUCUUCGGCAUUACCUUAGCCUUUCUUUUCAUCUAUGGUGCUCACUCUGUUACAAUAACUGUCACAAACAAUUGUCCAUACACUAUUUGGCCAGGAGUUCUAACAUCACCUCCGCAACCUCAGUUGUCAAACACUGGAUUUGAGCUAGCAUCCACAGCAUCCACAUCACUAGAUGUCCCAACUCCGUGGAUUGGCCGAUUCUGGGCCCGAACUGGAUGCUCCACGGAUGGGUCAGGAAGGUUCACUUGUGCUACUGCGGAUUGUGGCUCCGGUCAGGUUUCAUGCAACGGCAACGGUGCAGUCCCGCCGGCGUCUUUGGUAGAAAUAAACUCAGUAGCAAAUGGUGGACAAGAUUUCUACGAUAUCAGCCUCGUAGACGGCUUCAACUUGCCUGUAUCGUUAGCUCCACAAGGCGGGACCGGUGACUGCACGGCGCCGAGCUGUGCUGCCAACGUGAACGCAGCUUGCCCGGAAGAGCUACAAGUCAAAGGGUCUGAUGGGGGCGUGAUCAGUUGCAAGAGCGCAUGCAUAGCAUUCGGUGAGGACCAAUACUGUUGCACCGGUAAUUAUAAUACCCCAGAAACAUGCCCACCCACGAACUACUCUAUGUUCUUCAAGAGCCAGUGCCCUCAGGCCUAUAGUUAUCCUUUCGAUGAUCCUACUAGCCUCUUUUCGUGCUUCGGUGGACCUAACUACAGUAUCACGUUCUGUCCAUGAAUAAUAGAAAAAUCCUACAUGUUCCUUUCUCUACAAUAAAACGAAAACAGAAACAAAUAACUUGCGCAUCAACUAUAUAUAGGGAGGAACAAUAUAUCUGUAUCGAUAAUGAAUAAUUGAAUUAUGCUGUAUGGAAAAACUAAAUAAUGAAAACUUGUUCUCGUCCUUGUAGACGGGCAAUAAUAUUAUAUA